AUGGCAUCCGUGAAAUCCAGGGUAUUUGCCAUCACUGGUGGUGCAUCUGGCAUCGGCGCAGCCACUAGCAGACUGCUAGCUGAGCGCGGUGCUACUGCUGUUUGUGUGGGCGAUAUAUCCUGCAAGAACUUUGACGAGCUGAAGGAAUCUAUGAAGAAAAUCAACCCAGCCACAGAGGUGCACUGCAGUUUGUUAGAUGUGACUUCGCCCACUGAGGUUGAAAAAUGGGUGAAGAGUAUCGUGGCCAAGUUUGGUAACCUUCACGGGGCCGCAAACAUUGCCGGCAUUGCCCAGGGUGCUGGGCUCCGAAACUCGCCUACAAUUCUGGAGGAGGGAGAUGAGGAAUGGAGCAAGGUACUCAAAGUAAAUCUUGAUGGUGUUUUCUACUGCACCCGUGCGGAGGUUCGCGCUAUGAAAUCGCUUCCCUCUGAUGACCGCAGCAUCGUCAACGUGGGUAGUAUUGCAGCACUGAGCCAUAUCCCAGAUGUGUAUGCAUACGGAACUUCCAAGGGAGCUUCCACCUACUUUACAACAUGCGUGGCAGCAGAUACAUUUCCAUUCGGGAUUCGCGUGAACAGCGUAUCUCCAGGGAUAACCGACACUCCGUUGCUGCCACAGUUUAUGCCCAAGGCUCAAACGAGCGAUGAGGUCAAAGAGGUCUAUAGGAAAGAAGGAUUUUCGGUGGUUAAAGCGGGCGAUGUGGCUCGGACGAUAGUCUGGUUGCUCAGCGAGGAUUCAAGCCCUGUGUAUGGCGCCAAUAUCAAUGUCGGGGCCAGCAUGCCCUAG